AUGCUCCCGGAAAUUGAGGAACUGACCCCAGAAUGCAACAUCGACGAAGCUAAUGUCGGGGUUCCGGGAGUCACAACUCCAGGGAUGGAAGCCACGAUGAGAGGGAUCCUGAAACGCCAUCGCAGUAUCUUCCUGGGAGACGGCAACGCAGCUCCGGCCCCGGCUAGGGGCGUAGUGUGUGAUAUCGACGUUGGUGAAGCAAAACCAGUGGCUUUACGCGCGAGGCAGAUUGCCGCAUCGUUCUUGGUGAAGGUGUUUGAACUCCUGAAGAAGUUGUUGGAGGCAGAGCUCAUUCAGCAUUCAGAGUCCGAAUGGUCAUCACCUGUUGUGAUUGUGCUGAAGAAAAACGACAUAGACAUUCGAAUGUGUAUUGACUACCGACUCCUGAAUCUGCUCAUAAAGCUGUCUCGCUACCCUCUACCCUUGAUCGAUGAUCUGCUGGUAGACUUCAAGUCUGCAAUGUGGUUUAUGAGUCUCGACAUGGCGAGUGGAUUCUGCGAAUGA